AAGUGCCUUAACACACCUCAGCUCAGACUCUCUUGGUCCUUAACAACAAUAAGCCUUUUUUUUUUUUUAUUCUGUGGCAACUUAAGUUUAUUUAGGUACAUUUUUACAAUUAUCAGGUGAUUUACGAUUAUCUUAACGUGUGUAAAUUAGAGGAUAACCCAAAAAAGGGCAUCAAGUGGAAGAAGAUUCCUUGGAUUAUAAACCCUAGAGGGUUAAUAGUCGAAAAUUACCCAAUUAAGGCAAGCUGCGGGAAUUCUGUGAUGUUUGUCUUGCCUAGUUUGCCAUCCCUUGCUCGUACUGCAGCUUUUGGAGGGUUUAUAGUCAUUGGCAGUGCAUUUUACUUCAAGUCUCGCAUCCAAGAUGGUAUUAAACACUCUGACUAUUAUAGAGAAAGCCUACACAUUCUUCGAUCUCACAGAGGUGUUGCAUAUUUAAUGGGAGAACCAAUAAAAGAUGGACGUUUAGACCUUGGGGACACAUCCAAUAAUUUCUGUUCAGGCAAAGAGGCAAAGUUUCAGAAAAUGGAAGAAACAAACCUGAUAAUGAACUCUGAAAGUCAUGAUAUCACAAUCGAGUCUACAGGCGAGACCCAACAUGAACAUGAUGUACAUACAGUGAGUGCACCAGAAAAUGAAAUGGAAAAUAAUUUGGAACUUGUGAAGGAAACUCCCAGUGUUGAAAGUGACAAGAGAACAGAGACUGAACACCAUGAAGAUUCUGAAUUAAAGACACUUUCUCAUGCUGAACUGAAGAAAUUUUUUCAAGAGGCCUUAAGUCAGCUUCUUCAAGAUGAUCCUUUACUAAAGGACCUUCAUCCCCAAGUGACCCUUGAAGAGGUAAAUGCCUUAAUUGAGUUGGAACAUGGAAGAGCAAUGAAAAUUUAUAUUGAAAAAGCUGAUGAAGGAUUUUGGACAGUGGUUAUUCCUCAUGAAGCAACAGUAUAUGAACUGAAGCAAGGUCUGAAACACCACGUGGCUCUGGUUUUAAGUCGAAGAGGAGUGAAGAAAAAAAUUAGCUGGCGAUAUAUUUGGAAGACAUACUGGCUUUGUUACAAUGGAGAGAAACUGACUGAUGAUAACAUCAAGCUAAUUGAAUAUGGGAUAAGAAACAAAUCAACCCUGAAAUUUAUAAAGAAGUACAGAGAAAGACAGAAGUUUGGAAAAAACAAGUAAUUAAAGCUUCAGUCUGCUGUCACUCUGUCUUGGCAGAAGAUGGCUGUUGCUAAAAAAAAUAUGUAUAUAUAUAUACAUACUGGAUGUAAGUCGACUUCUAAAGUAUUAAAAAAAAAAAAAAUCAAAACUAGGGGUGACUAAUGUGCCAAGUAUAAAAAUUGCCAAUUCAUGGCAGAGGUGAAUA